AAUCUUGAUAAACGAGCUUUAAUCAAAAAACAUAAAUAAGCAAUAUUAAAAAUGAUUGAUCAAUAAGAUUAAUACGAAUUAAAUGGAAUCAAAACAAAAAGAUAAAUUGCUAAAGUCAAAAAAACAAAGAGUAAAUUUUAUAAAUAAAAACCAUUUGCUAUUGUGCCUAUCUAUUAAAAUAGAUUUUCGUUUGAUCAUAAAUUUAUGCUCUUUGGAUAUGUUCAAAUCGAAACGUAAUACAAAAACUUUGAUAACCUGUAUGAGUAAGACUUGAUCCCUGUACAUGAUUAGAUGUUUAGUGUGAAAUCUAUAGUACUAAGUUAAGAUAAAAAAAUGGUUGAGAUGAGUGUUGAAACUACUCUUCAAAGCGGCAUGAAAGAUUUUUCAUUUCUGAUAAACCACUUUAACAGAAUUCCUGAUUAAAAUUAUAGAGAUUUAGGUUAAUAGCUUAUGAUUUACUAGCAACACUGUAUUCAACAAUAAUAACACUUUAAAGAAAUUUAAGAUAAACUAAAAUCUAGAAUUUUAAAUGAAGAAGAUAUUUUGAAUUCUAUCAGAGAUUAUGAAAGCUAUGUAGAUAAUUAUGUGCAGUAAAAUGUUGGAUAGAACGAAUUCUACUUAUUGAUAUUUACCACAAUAAAUUACGAGACACUUGAUUACGAAAUUAAAAAAUAUAAAGCAUCACUUUCUUUGCUCUAACUCUUAGGGAUUGAUUUGAAAAAUUCUUCAAGCCUUAAGUUACUAUAAGCUUUGACCUAAGAAACAAGACUCCAAGGUGUUCAUAGAUUAUAAAAGGCGCUUGAAAAGAUGAAGCUCCUAAGCGAAAGAAAAAUAUCUUAUUAAUAGCCUCUAAUUACUCAAGAGUCUAUUUAAUUUAAUUCCUAAAUUGAUAUUGAUCUCUUAGAGUGGCCUAAUAAACCUGAUUUUUUAGAAAACUUUGAUUUGUUUGGGUUCGUUUGCAAGAUUACAGUAUGCCCUAAAUAAAUUUAAUCAAUACUAAAAUUAAGAGAAGCUAAGAAAAAAAAUUUAAAUAUCUAACAAACUAAUAAUUUAGUGCAUUUUGAGUAAGAGGUAUAGUCUGAAAUAUUUCUAGAAAAAUUUUACCCAAGCAUGCAGUCAUAUUUAAAAUAUAAAUAACAAUUUAAUUAAUGA